AUGGGCCAGGACGCGCUCUGGGUCCCUGUGGGGCUGGCCUGCUGCCUGCUACUGCUGCUCCUGGGGGGCUCGGGGGGCCUGGGGAGCCGAGGGACCCCACCAACACCACCAACCCCACAGACCCGGGGGCCCUGGGAAGAGGAACGGAGCUUCAUGGCGGAGAUGGGACCAUGGGGCAGGGUGAGGUACGAAGCCGUGAAGAAGCACUUGGGAGCCGUGGGUGCUCUCUCCAAGCGGUACUGGCAGUAUCUGGCAUGCAAGGUGUGGCAGGAGGGCUGCAAAGAGGAGGAAGGGGCGGAAGAACGAGAGUCUAGUCGCGGGCCAGGCUGGAGCUUGCCUUUGGUGGGCCAGGAUUACCUGGAGAUCCUCUCUGCCUGGUACUGCAGCUUUGGCAAGUGCUGCGAGACAGGAGACUGCAGGAUAGUCAACAAUGUCACAGGGCUAGAAGCAGACCUCAAUGGGCAGCUCCACGGGCAGCAUUUGGCCAAAGAAAUUGUGAUCCGGGCAGUGCGAGGGUUCCUGCGCAGCCGGCGGCCAGAGAGGGCUCUGGUCCUCUCCUUCCAUGGCUGGUCUGGCACAGGCAAGAACUUUGUGGCUCGGAUGGUGGCCAGCCACCUGUUCCAGGGCGGGCUGAAGAGUGACUGCGUCAGGCUGUUCAUCUCCCUCUUCCACUUCCCCCACCAGCAGUAUGUGGACUUGUACAAGGCUCAGCUGAAGAAGCAGAUAAGUGAGACUGUGCAGCUCUGUAAGCAGUCCCUGUUCAUCUUUGAUGAGGCAGAGAAACUUCAUUUUGGCCUCCUGGAUGCCAUCAAGCCCUUCAUGGCUCACUCUGACAAGGAGGUGGAUUACCAGAGAUCCAUCUUCCUCUUCCUCAGCAAUCUCGGCGGCAACACCAUCAAUGAGGUAGCCCUGGACUUCUGGAGAGCUGGUCGGGCACGGGAGGAGAUCUCCAUGGAGUUCCUGGAGCCAUGGCUGAAGCUGGAGCUGCAGGAACCUGAAGGGAACGGUUAUGUCCGCAGCCACCUCCUUGAAGAGAACCUCAUCGACUUCUUCGUGCCCUUCCUGCCCCUGGAGUACCACCACGUGAAGCUCUGCGCACGAGAUGCAUUCCUGGCCCGUGGACUUCCAUACACUGAGGCAGCCCUCGAUGAGGUGGCCAGGAUGAUGGUUUAUGUGCCCAAAGAGGAGAAGCUUUUCUCUGCACAGGGCUGCAAAUCAGUAUCCCAGGGCAUCAAUUACUUCCUUCCAUGA